CUUGCUUUCAUGUCAGAUAUUCAACAAAAGAAACGCAAGAUGGACGACGACGUCGACAUACCUCUUGCACCCACGUCUAACCUCCUUAUCAAGAGGCUUUCAGACAAGGCAAAGUUGCCCACAAGAGGUUCCCCAUUGUCAGCGGGCUAUGAUCUGUACAGUGCCGAGAAAAAAACUAUUCCCGCUCGCGGAAAGGCUCUUGUAGACACCCAAAUCUCAAUUGCAGUUCCGGCAGGAACAUAUGGACGCGUCGCGCCGCGGAGUGGCCUGGCAUCAAAGUUCAUGAUAGACACUGGUGCAGGCGUUAUUGAUGCCGACUAUCGUGGUGUUGUCUUUGUUCUUCUGUUCAACCUCUCCGACAAGGACUUCGAAGUGGAGGAAGGAGAUCGCAUUGCGCAACUUAUCAUCGAGCGCAUCUAUACGCCGGAGAUUCUUGAAGUCCAGGAUCUGGAUGAAACUCUGCGCGGGGCAGGCGGCUUUGGUUCAACUGGCGGCCAUGGCUCACUCUAA